ACUGCUGCGUGGGUGUGGAUGCUCUUGGCGGUCAUGAAUUUGACACUCGGUCAAUCGGUCAUUAAGGCGCUGCCGAACGAAAAUCAAGAAAAUAGUUUAAGUAUUCAGCCAAAGACUACAAAGACUCGAAGAAGCUUGUGUAAAAAAUGUUAUCCAUAUCUCUACCCAAAGGAUAAAUACUAUGUGCUGCCCAGGAGUACGGGUAAAAACAGGCCACAUAAUGUUGUCUUUCUCCUGGAGGAUCAAAAAACUGGACGACCUGUCAAGGUGGCAUUCAAGCAUGGUCUUAAAAAUGAUAGAAAUUUGCGUGUUUUAAAAGGCUUCAAUAACUCCAUUGACCCGUGUCGGGAUAAGCCAGGUAGAUGUGUCUAUCGGCUGAUUAAUAGAAAAACAUUGCGCACCUACCGAGUUCAAUUAAAAAAUAAGUUUAAAAAUAGAAAACGAACAGCUAUAUUAAAGCUUAUCCCAUAGGUACACAGUAAAAUCUUUUUAAAGCAGGUUGAACCACUUAAAAAAAUUGAUCACACACUGAGUUCUAAAAUUUAUUUUGUAAACACAUAAAAAUUAAUCUAUGUACUGAUUAUUUAAAUUUUAUCGUACUUGUAAAAGCUUUUACUUCAAUUAAGGUCAGAACUGUCUGCCACUACAUAUAUUUCCUUACUUUGUUCCUUACAUUUUCGAUUAUCAAUAAAAAAUACUUUCUGAGUGCAAAGUAAAACGAAAUUAAUGCCGCUGUGGGCUCCCAACACUCAGAGCUCCCAUUCACUUGGCUGCGACCUGUCGACUGUCAUGUAUUUUCGAUCGGACCGGGCCAAAUCGAAGCGGGCCAACGGGUGGGCGUUGAAGUUGGCCAACGAGAUACGCACGCGGUGUCGCCAAGCUGACAGAGCCAAAGAUUUAUUACCAAAGGGGUCCAAACAUUCGCUUUCUGCUCUUUUUUGCCGAAUUAAUACACCUUCAAGAGACAAAGUCAAUCAAAAAGCGAAAAAUUACGCGUGCGUAGAUUUUACUUUCGAAAUGAAAGCCAAAACCGGAAACCUGUAAAAGCAAUUACUUUUAAAAACACAAGACCAUUAUUGCCAUCAAUGAAGAUGAGCCUUUUUUUAAGUUGUCUGUUUACUUUUUGCACCAGAAAAGUGACCAAUCGAUGUCAAGCUAAGUCGUUGUUUUAAUCCGAUUUGAAUCGGUAGUUUAAAUUUGCAA